GGGGGCACGCGCGCGCAAAAUCUCAGGGAGUACGCCUCGAUCUGGGGAGGCUACGGGGAGGCCUAUGCCAGCGUCGCGCGCUCCAUGUGUGAGGAAGGCUGCGCGCGCCUCUGUGUGUGUGUAUGUGUGUGUACGUGUACGCGCGUGCUUGUGUGUGGGGUGUCAGGGAGGAGGGCGUGAGACAGAAGAACGCGCGGUGUGAAGGGGGGAGGGACCGUGUAUGAAAGGGGAUCGUGUGAGUGAAAGAACGUGCUAGAGGCAGUGUGUGUGAAAGGGGGAGGGCGGAAUUUCUGUUGUCUGAGUGUGUGAGGGACCUCGUGUGAGAGCUAGACCGACUAUGUGUGUGAGUGUGUGAGCGGGAGCGCGCGCGCGCGCGCGUCGCCAAAGUGUGCGUGAGAGGGCAGGGAACUCUGGCUGCGGAGCCGCCGUUGCGGGAGGAGGAGGAGAAGGAGGCGGCUCCCCCUGCGUCCAGCAUCCCAAGAUCCCCCUCCUUCUUCCCUUCAGUUCCCUUCCCUCCUACUUCCCAUCCCUUUCCCCUUCCCUUUCCCGGUCCUUUCCCGACAUACUGCCUACCCGAUCGUCCGCGCCCCUCGAAGUGCGGUGACCCCCCCAGGCCCGGCCCUGGCCCGGCCCCCGCUGGCUGGGAAGGGAGGGAGGAGCUGCCCGAGCCAGGGAUCAAGCAUAAAGAUCUAAUCUGUGAAAACUGGUAGAGGUAGAACUUCUGAAUACACAAUGUGAAGUGUGAGAGAAGCAUAAAGGAAGGUAAAGCAUAUUUUAGAGAGAAAAUAAUUCAGAAGGAGGAAGACCAAAACAAGAUGUGUAGCUCUGUUGCUGCCAGAUUGUGGUUCUUGACAGAUCGUCGAAUCAGAGAAGACUAUCCCCAACAGGAGAUCCUGCGAGCUUUAAAGGCUAAAUGUUGUGAGGAGGAACUAGACUUCAGAGCUGUGGUGAUGGAUGAAGUUGUGUUAACGGUUGAGCAAGGGAAUUUGGGUCUCCGAAUAAAUGGGGAGUUGAUCACUGCCUAUCCACAGGUGGUGGUUGUAAGGGUACCAACACCUUGGGUGCAGAGUGAUAGUGAUAUCACUGUAUUACGUCAUCUAGAGAAGAUGGGAUGCCGGCUGAUGAACCGGCCUCAAGCUAUCCUGAAUUGUGUCAAUAAGUUCUGGACCUUCCAAGAGCUAGCUGGCCACGGUGUUCCUCUUCCAGAUACCUUCUCUUAUGGUGGUCAUGAAAAUUUUGCUAAAAUGAUUGAUGAAGCAGAAGUAUUGGAAUUCCCAAUGGUGGUGAAAAAUACACGGGGUCAUAGAGGUAAAGCUGUUUUCCUGGCUCGAGAUAAGCACCACUUGGCUGACCUAAGCCAUCUUAUUCGCCAUGAAGCUCCGUACCUAUUCCAGAAGUAUAUAAAGGAAUCUCACGGCCGGGAUGUGCGUGUCAUUGUGGUGGGAGGCCGUGUAGUUGGCACUAUGCUGCGCUGUUCAACUGAUGGAAGGAUGCAAAGCAACUGCUCACUAGGUGGUGUGGGAAUGAUGUGCUCACUGAGUGAACAAGGAAAACAGCUUGCCAUCCAGGUGUCAAACAUCUUGGGAAUGGAUGUGUGCGGCAUUGACCUACUGAUGAAAGAUGACGGCUCGUUCUGCGUCUGCGAGGCCAAUGCAAAUGUAGGUUUCAUCGCCUUUGAUAAGGCUUGUAAUCUAGACGUAGCUGGUAUGAUAGCGGACUAUGCCACCUCCCUCCUGCCCCCUGGCCGGCUCACACGGCGCAUGUCCCUGCUCUCCGUGGUGUCCACGGCCAGCGAGACUAGUGAGCCAGAGCUGGGCCCCCCAGCCAGCACUGCUGUCGACAACAUGAGCGCAAGCUCCAGCUCUGUCGACAGCGACCCUGAAACCACGGAGCGGGAGCUACUCACCAAGCUCCCAGGGGGCCUGUUCAACAUGAACCAGCUGCUAGCCAAUGAAAUCAAACUCCUGGUGGAGUGACUCCACCUGUAAAUAAUUAACGAACAAAGCCCUUGUAAAUCUUUCUCUCUCUCUUUUUUUUUCCUUUUUUCCUUCCUUUUUUGAAACCAGCUUGCAAUGCUGUUUAUGAGAGAAGCUCAGGGAGCUGGAGGGGAAACUGAGCCAGGUCAGAUAAGAGAACAAAGAGAGAAAAGGAAAAACCUAUGUUUUUCAGUUACUGCUGUCCUCCAUUUUUUAAUACUGCAGAACCAUUCAAUGGAAUUUUACCAUCUCAAUUAAUAAGGCAGAAAAGUGGGUAUAAGGUCUUCAGGCUCAAGUAGAUAAUUCCUUCACUAUUGUUAACCUUUUAAAAUAACCUUGAAAAUGGAUGUGCUUAUAUUAUAAAGGGCCAGAGAAGAGGGGAUGUAAGAUUCUUGCACAGAUCCUUAUAUCUUUUGUAUUUGUAAAGUCAACACUUUACUGCAGACCAUAAUUCCCCUCUCUUGAGAUCAUUUAUUAGAAAUGGAUGAGAGGAAAUAUCUAAAAUUAAAGAAGCCUUUUAAUAUCAAAACUGAAAUUUCUGCCAUUUCAGUAUCCAAUUCUAUGUCCAUAUGUCUUUACAAAUCUUCCAGAACAGUUUUAAUAUGAAUGCUUUAUAUUUUAUGGUUGGGUUUUGUUUUUCAUAGUAGAUGGGAGGGCAAGAUAGAUGUGAUCUGUAAAAACAUUUCUUAAUGACAGAAAUGACAUGUUUGCAUAAUGGAAGAUAGAUGAACAGCGUUGCAAUGUUUGGUGUACAAAGUAACAUUUAAUCGAAUGUGGAAAAACUUACACUAGUUUAAAAAUAUGUGCAUUGCCUUGUAUUUGUUAGUGUUUUAGUCUUUUGGAAGCUAUAUACUAUGUUAAUGUUGCAUUUUUUUUAAUACAUGCUAGUCCAAUAUUCCCUACUCUAUGCCUGCAUCUUUAACAAUGGCCAAAGUGAAGAAAACGCUACCUUUUGUUAACAAGACACUGAAUUGAAGCCUGUGCAUCUUUAUUAUCCUUUUUUCCUUUCCUUUUUUUCCUUUUGUUUUGUCUUUCAAUGGUGGUUGGGUGUGUUAAGGUGAGGAUAGAAAAAUAACUUAUAUUUGGGAAAAUUAGAGCUGCUUUAAGCUCUUGAAUCCAUUUUGAUGCCAGUAUUACGUACUUGCAUCCACAUUUUAGAAAAAGGGUGUGUGUAUGUGUGUGUGUGUGUGUGAGGGUGUGGCUGAUGGGGGUUUGUUUUCUUCUACCUUGAUGUUAAGUGAGAAGAAUAGAUAAAGUCAGUGGGAUCUGAAGGGAAACAUGUAGCUUUUGACUUCAAAGGAACAGAACAUGAGUUGUUUUAAGAACUAGACUUCAUGAGGGGGUUGGGAGGGAGCGACCACUUGAAGCCACAAUGAGAAAUAGAUAAACUUCACGGGUCUGUGUGUGUAUGUUAUUUUGUGUCAGUUGAUUUCUCUCCUUAGUUAUUGACCUUUCAGGGCCACAUGCUUUUUGUCUACUCUCUUGGCCAGGCAUUUUCCCCCUUCUACUCAUGGGGUUUGGAGGGAAGGAUGGGAGGGAAGAAGAAAAAUAAAGAUAGCAGCAUUGGGUCAGUUAUAAUUGGGUCUCAUUAUAACUUCAUCAGGUUUCCCUACUAUUUUUUUCUCCCUUGUCCACUAAAUCUGUAAAGCCCUGAAACUAAAAGUGGUGUCAGUACACAAACACACACAUACACAAAAAACAGCAAUAAUGAACAAGGAUAAAGCUAUCCCAAAGAGGUGUUGGAGUAAAUAUGAGAGAGAAAUGGAAAUGCUGCCAGCUUCCACAGGAUUCUUAAAAGAGCAAGUACCAUCUCCCCUACAAUCCUCUGCAGUUUUUCUUUGAGCCACUUCUUUGCUUCUCCAGUGCUGUUUACCUUCAUGUGGACCUUAAACAUAACCUCAUGGAUACUACUAGAGAGACGUCAAGGCAAUAAAAAGAAAGAUCAGUAUUAACCUGUUGUAACAGAGGUUUGAUCAUGCUUAUUUGUACAGGAUUUUUUCUUUCAUUUUAAAAAGGAAUGUAACAAAAAUAGAUUUUUAAAUAGAAUUAAAUAUUAAAAUUCAGUAGAAGGUUAAUUGUUGGUAAAUAGAAUAGUAACUCUAACUGUGCCAGUGUCUGACUUCAUAGUAGAAGUGCUAUAUUUAGGAGAAAUUUAUUGUGAAACCUAGGAUACUCUAAAUCACAUUCAGAUGAUUUGGCUUAUAGGCAGAGUACUCAUUGUAUAACUUCAUACACUUGUUAGCCAUAAACAGAAAAUGAUCACAUGUCAGAUGGGACUCAAAUUGAAUUCUGUUACUUUGAUGGUUGCAGUACAUUGUUUGGUCAAGAGAAGUAAAAAAAAAAUCAAGAAAUGAGGAAGCAUGUGCUUAGUUGCAUUUACCCCAAAUCUUUUCAUGUAGAGAACAUCUCGGUAUGACAGAUACACCUGGAAUGUGUCUAUAUGCGUGUGUGUUAUGUAUGUACACAGAUGUGUACAAGUAAACAUUUUUUCCCUUUGACAAUAAAGGGAAACAACCUUAGGGUUUGGUGUUUGGAAAGGGAGGGAAUAGGGGAAAUUAAUUUAAUGUCAUUUACACUUACCUACUUACAGCAGGUCAUCCACAUGCAAAGUAAGAGGAGAUAUCUGAAGGCAUUCCAUCACUAGUUUAUUCAUACUUUCAUAAACUAUUUUUACAAUAUCCUACUGUUCUAAACUGUAGAUUUCACCAACUUUGUUAUGAUUUGGAAGUUCACAUGUUAGAGUGAAAAGAGCAGUAAAGCCUAGCUGUUUUCCUCUAUUCCUUCAUUAAACAGAGGUUAAGUCUUCCUAAAAGAGCCAAGUGAGAGUUUUACAAAUAUUUAUGUUUAAGUUACAACUAAGUUUAUUUUUGUAUUUGUAAUGCCUUUUGUAUAAACCUCAUUACUGUUCGGAGAGGUAGAAGUGUAUGUCAUUAUAUGUGUAACUAUAAUCAUGUCAAAGUUUGAAUUGUUUGUACAGCUUUGUAGCUUGUCACACUUGUACUUUUUUAAUACUGUAUUUUUUUUUAAUUUUCUGGAUCGUUUCCUCAUCUUGUACAUGAUGGAAGUUGGACUGUACACAUGCACACAUGCUAUGGACGAUUCCAUUUUAUUUUUUCCCCAUUUAAAAAAAUUUUUGAUGCUCACAAGCUGCUUAGUCAUUUCCGCUGGCUUUUCCUUCACCCAACUUUGAAAUCUUUGUGUGCAUGCUAUCUGCUCAAGAAACAGCUUUGGAACAUUUGAGUCUUUGGGGAAAAAAAUCCGCAGAGACAUGCUUUCAUCAAGCACUCCAUCAGACUUUGAGAAGGCAUCGUGUGAAAUCACUGACUUUCCAAAUCAACUCCCCUACUCUUCUCAGUGAAAAAAAAAAAGGAAAAAAAAAGGGUAAACGAAAAGUUGUUUUACUCACUUAAGAGUAAAACCCCAGUUUGGGGCUAUGGGAGGGCUUAGGGAGACUGUAAAAUCAAAUCUCGUGUUAUAUUAUUUUUUUCCUGGCUCACUCUUUUUGAGAAGGUUUAUGGGCUAUGUGGCUGGUGAGACACGAUCCCCUCCUCCCUAAGGAAAUGUAGGUGCUCAGACAGGUAACCUCUGCUGCUACUGUUUUUUAUUUUAUUUAAAAUCUGUUUUCAUUGUUCUAGGAUUUUAAGAAGUAAUAUAUUGCAGGAUUUAUAACCAGAUUCACUCCUUUUUCUUUCUUUUAAAAAAAUAAAUGUUUCAUUUAAAGUAUGUUAAGCGUCUUUGAAGCUUGGAUUUUGGAGUGUCUCAGUAGUAGACAAAAAUCUGCUGUUGGAAUCUCCUAGUCCUCUUCCAGAUUUGACUUGAAAUGCUUUUAAUUUUGUUUUGGGCUUUUUUGUGUGGUAUUUUAUUUCUUUUACCAAAGUCCUGUUGGUAUACUGUUUUGGGGAGGGUGCCUAACUUUAGUGUUAAACCUUCUUAUAUUAAUGAAGACUUGGCUUUUUAUUUCUUUAAUGUUUUAUUUUUUGUUUUUUGUUUUGUUUUUAAAGAAACAUUCUAACUGUUUCCACUGUUACUGUUCUUUGCCAGCCUUUUCCGGAGCCAAAAAAAAAAAAAACCCAGAGAAAAAAAUUUCCUCCUUCCCCCUUCCUGAUGAUGAGUGAGAAGUUUUGAGAACUUUCGGGGUCAAUGCCUUUUUAAACUUCCCUUCCCCCAAUAAUGCAGCUCGUAUAAUGGUAAAUGCAGCAGCCUGGAUCCAUGCAGAGCCCCAGCCUGCUGGCAGCAGAGUAAUAAACUGGUAGGUGGCUGCAGUAGAAGAAGGACUUCUUCAGACUGGUGAUUGUGACCUGAAAAUUCUGCAGAGGGGGAAGUGGAACAUGAAAUGGACGAUGGAAACAAAGGGGAAAGAGGAUGGAAGAGAGAUUAAGGCUCCUGGGAUUUAUACUCUGGGUGUUUUCUUUCAGGUUUUUGAAGUAGAAAGUGAUCAUCCUCCCUUGUUUACUCUGUGGUCAUUUUGGAUGAAGAUAUAUAUUCGACCAGAUAGACCUUAGGUGGGGUAAAACGCAGAAGAAAGAAGCAACAGUCUCAACUAAUUUGACUGUAAUCAUAUUUUCAUAAUAAAAUACUAUGAAACUAGAACCUCA